AACGUUCCCGGGAAUGCUCAGUCUUUUCUCGGUCGCGACACUAUCUAGCUGCGAUAACUUGAUUCUCAGUGCAUAACCGGGUGCAUAUUAGGUGCAUAAGAAGCAACGAUGUGCGACGAUGAUGCAGGAGCACUUGUUAUUGAUAAUGGUUCUGGAAUGUGCAAAGCGGGCUUUGCGGGAGACGAUGCCCCUCGUGCCGUAUUUCCUUCGAUCGUUGGCCGCCCUCGACAUCAGGGUGUGAUGGUCGGUAUGGGUCAGAAGGACUCAUAUGUCGGCGAUGAAGCUCAAUCGAAGCGUGGAAUCCUCACUUUGAAAUAUCCGAUCGAACACGGUAUCAUCACGAAUUGGGAUGAUAUGGAGAAGAUCUGGCAUCACACCUUCUACAAUGAGCUGCGAGUGGCUCCUGAAGAACAUCCAGUCCUGUUGACAGAAGCUCCACUCAACCCUAAAGCAAAUCGCGAGAAGAUAGCACAAAUUAUGUUUGAAACUUUCAAUAGUCCAGCAGUGUAUGUAGCAAUUCAGGCUGUACUUUCUCUCUACGCAUCUGGCCGUACCACGGGUAUUGUUUCUGAUUCUGGUGAUGGAGUUUCCCAUUGCGUUCCCAUCUUUGAAGGAUUUGCACUGCCUCACGCUAUUCUCCGUUUGGAUAUGGCUGGUCGUGAUUUGACAGAUUACCUGAUGAAGAUAAUGACUGAACGAGGAUACUCUUUCACUACUACCGCUGAACGUGAAAUUGUUCGUGAUAUAAAGGAGAAACUAUGUUACGUAGCACUGGACUACGAACAAGAGUCGUUAGCAGCUUCGUCAUCAUCUUCGCUGGAGAAAUCUUAUGAGCUUCCUGACGGUCAAGUCAUAACCAUUGGAGCCGAGCGUUUCCGCUGUCCAGAAGCUCUAUUUCAACCAUCGUUCUUGGGCAUGGAAACGGCAGGCGUACACGAAACUGUAUACAGCGCUAUCAUGCGUUGUGAUGUAGAUAUUCGGAAGGAUCUGUACGCAAACAUUGUGCUGUCCGGUGGAACUACGAUGUAUCCUGGUAUUGCUGAUCGUAUGCAGAAAGAGAUAACCGCCGUUGCACCAACUACCAUCAAGAUCAAGAUCAUUGCACCGCCGGAACGAAAGUACUCGGUAUGGAUUGGUGGAUCCAUUCUGGCUUCUCUGUCCACUUUUCAGUCGAUGUGGAUUUCAAAACAAGAAUAUGAUGAAUCCGGUCCUUCUAUUGUGCAUCGUAAAUGUUUCUAACAUUGACAUGGUACUAAACUUUGUGUUUUUAAAAAUUAUUCAGGUAUUUCUGUACAUUAUGAGUACGGUACGUUAUGUUACGUAAAUGCUACAAUUUGGAUCGAUUAUACUGUAUUACUGCAUACGUUUUGAUGCUCUAAUAAAUUGCAUUAAAUAUUACUAGCUGA